AGGCGCAGAAGUGAUUGGCAGACCCGCGAUGGAGCGAGAGCGGCCGCGCGAGGACGGGACCCCGCAGGGGUCAGAUCUUACAGAGCAAGCCUUGCUGCACAGCCAGGGAGAGCUGCCAGGGAGCAACGGAGAGACGCCGUUCAAUGUGGCUGAGAUGCCGCCCUGCCACAGAGAGCAAUCGCCUUGCAUGGCAGAGACGCCUGGAGAAAUGCCACCCAGCAACGCUGAGAUGGAGCCCUGUCUGGUUGAGAUGCCACCCUGCCAUGGAGAGCCGGGGGGCAGCCUUGGAGAACUGCUGCCCUGCGUGGUCGAGAUGCUGCCCAGCAAGGCUGAGAUGCCUGAGGAGCAACCGAGGCUUGUGUCCCGAGGGAAAUGCCUAGUCCAUAACUGGCAGGAAGAGAGAGCCACGAACGAGCUGGAUCAAGUGCCGAGUCCAGAGCUGGGCAGCGAGGGCUUCUUCUACCGGCACGGGCACCGCGGGCUGCUCACCCUCCAGCUCCUCUCGCAGCUGGCCGACAGCACCACCAUGAAGGAUUCCUACCGCAGGCCCCGGAGGACCGGGCUGCCUGUGAGAGGGCAGCGGGAGGCCAUGCUGGAGUUAAUGCUGUACCAGAAAUACAGGAAGGAGACCCUGACGGAGCUUUACCCUCCCGCCGGGCCCAUGGAGUCGCUCUCCACCACCCACCGGCACUACUGCAAGGAGGGCUUCCAGCCCGUGCUGCCGCCCCCCAGCAGGCCCCACGACUAUCGCCUGGAGCAGCCCCACACCUUCUGGCUGGAGAGCGCCCACCAGCUGCCUGGCGUCUCCAACAUCCGUACCAGCGACACCCCCUUUAGGAGGAACGCGACCUUCACCACCCCGAUCAGCGAGUACCUGGACCAGCCCCUGCCCUACGCCCCAGAGAACUACCCCAAACUCUAGGCCCCGCAGGGCAAUAAAGAGUGGACGGGA